UCGAAGGCCCUGCUGCCCUGUGCACUAAAAGGGUCGAGGGGUUUACCGCAUGUGGGCUGGGGGAACUGGACACUGCGCCGCUCAGAAAUUUCCUUUGUGAGAUCGAGAGCCUGGUACCGACCCACCACCCCCAACACCCGCAGCGAAUCGCCUCUCUCUCCCCUGGGUCCAGUCUGCAAGGCUGGCCAGCCAGACCAGAUCAGCCCAGCCCAGCUCAACCCGACCGACCGACCUCGGCAGUGCGUUGAAGCCUUCAUGGGUCCGCGUGAACGACUACGACCGCACUGGGUGCCAACGCAGUAGUCGCCUGACCAGCAGAUGUAUGAGUGAUUGAGAGAGUGUCUGAGUGAGUGAGUGCGUGAGUGCGGGCGGGUGGGCGGGCGAGUGUCGAUUAUUUUGCUAGUCCUACCCGACCCAUCGACGGCCUCAUCGAUCUUAUCAGAAAAUUUUCCAGCACCGAAAAAACCAGAUCCUUCCGCUGAGAGGAGGACGAGCGUCAGGAGUCGUAGGUUCCCGUGUAUCGAUCGAGGUAGAAGCGUCCCGUGCACUCGGAAUGAGAAUGUUCGAGCCGACCAGAUGUGAUGUGACGAGUCGAUUGUAGCCUGAAGAACCGGGAUACGUGCUUGUUCCCCACUUGUCAGAUUUGGCAGACGCACUCGGACCAGGUUCCCACCGGGCGUGCUGAAUGGUCGUGAAUUUUCAUCACCCGGCUGGAUGCCCGGUGCCUGCUGAUAGAACACCAGCUGACUGAGCGAGCUCACAUCUCGCCACGAGCAGGAAUUCCCCCUUGCGAAGAGCCGACGGGUUCCAUCUAUAAUCGCCAGCCGUGUCCUGGAGUGAUUUGGACCUCGCAGCAGUGGUACAAGAGGCACGACAGAAGGUGGCGGCGUUCGUCUCUUCAGCUUAUUCUUCUCAACAAGCAUCAACGAGGGCAAGGAUAUCAAUAGUCAGUCAUAGCAUUAUAUCGAUAGCGAUCUGUGGAAUGCGAGCAUGUCCGCAUGGACAGGCGCUCCGUGACUUACAUGGAGCGAUGGGCCUCCGUUGCAUACUCUGACCGGUACAUUGGAGGAUAGACACAGGCAGGUACACGGGGCUUUGUCAUCCUUCCAAUCGAGGGUUGAAAUUAAUGGCUGCUGCAGCUGCUGCCAUGGGAUGUGGUCAGCUCUGUCGUCGUUGCAGAUGUGCAGGCCUCGGGAGUCGGCUGUCGGUGUUCGUUGCUGCGGUCGCAGUAUUAUUCUUGGUGACGGUGGGCGGGGUGCAGGGAUUGUCGGGCGAUGGAGCGGCUCUGCUGGACUUCAAGAGAGGCGUGGUCGAUUCGUCGGGUGCUCUCGCAGAUUGGAAUGCUUCGGACUCGAACCCCUGCAGCUGGUCCGGAGUGUCUUGCAACAGGGAUAGGAGGGUCAUGGCGCUCAACCUCACCAAUUUUCAAAAUAAUCUCGCGGGAUCUAUUUCUGCCAGUUUGGGAAAUUUGACAAAACUGGAAAUUUUGAACCUGUCGAACAAUAUGUUCAAGGGACCCAUUCCUACAACGCUUUCCAAGUGCGUGGGCUUGAGGAUCAUUGAUUUUGGCAGCAACCAAUUGAGCGGUAUCAUACCACCGGAGCUUGGGCUUCUUAAAAAUCUCGAACAAUUGACUCUAGCAUCCAACAAACUGAGAGGCCCUGUGCCGGAGGAGCUGGGUCAACUCGUCUCUCUGUCUCUGAUCGACCUUAGCGCUAACGACCUCAAUGGAAACAUUCCAUCGACGCUGGCCAACUGCCCCGCCCUGGACUACGUCGAUCUUUCACUGAACUCGUUCAGUGGUAGCAUUCCCGAGGAGUUUGGCCGAUUGCAGCUGCUGAGGGUGCUGCAGGUAUCUUAUGGCGGCCUGAGUGGUACCAUUUCGCCUCUUUUGGGAAAUUGCUCCAGUCUGCAAAUUUUGCUUUUAGAUAGCAAUUCUUUGAGAGGUGUUAUACCGGCCACCUUUGGCAAUCUGACACUUCUCCGAUCACUGUCACUGCGGAGUAACAAGUUGCUUUCAGGUAUUCCUCGGGAGCUGGGGAAGUGCUCCGAGCUCGUGAGCUUAGAUCUAUCCAACAAUGAAUUCAUUGGCCCGAUACCUAAGGAGUUGGGAAACCUGAAGAAGCUGAGAUUAUUGCUGUUGUCGGACAAUUUGAUGUGGGGUUCGGUUCCCAGCAGUUUAGUCAAUUGCACCAGUUUAGUAGAAUUCGAUUUUUCGCACAAUAACUUGACGGGUCCAUUGCCCGACUCGUUGGCAGACAUGCCGUCAAUUCAAAACAUAAGACUGGCUAAUAACUUGCUGGUUGGUCCAAUUCCACGAAAACUCGGGCAGCUGAAAAACCUCACGAGCUUGGACCUGUCGGCCAACAAGCUCAACAACACCAUUCCCGUAGGGCUUUGCAGCUCGGGCGAGCUCCGCGCUCUGACGCUGUCUCAAAAUCUACUCACAGGUGAGAUCCCAGAAGACUUGGCAAUUUGCUCCUCCCUCGAGAGCCUCAGGCUGUCUUCGAAUCGGCUAUCGGGCUUCAUUCCAAUUGGAUUCGGACAGCUGAAGAACUUCCAGUCUCUGGACUUGAGCUCCAACAACAUCUCGGGAAUCAUCCCCAUCGAGCUCGGCACCAGCACAAGCCUCUUAGAAGUGGACGUGAGUCACAACAAGCUGCAAGGAUCCAUUCCAGCUGGAUUCGGCCAGUUCCCGCCUCUCUUGAUGCUGGACUUGUCAGUGAACAAACUGACUGGCGCUAUUCCGCCCGGCAUCGUCAACUCUUCUACCAUAAUCAGACUAGAUUUGAGCAGGAACUCCUUCAGCGGCCCUGUUCUAGCGCCGCCUGUCACAGUCACCACCGUGCCCAUGGAGUCCUUGAACCUGCACCACAAUCAGUUGUCCGGGAACAUUCCAGUCGAGCUGGGCCAAUUUCAGGACUUGACCGAGCUCCAAUUGGGUGACAAUAAUCUGGAUGGACCGAUUCCCAUCCAACUAGGAAAAUUGCUGUUCCUCAGAAGCAAGCUCUCUCUCAGAAGAAACAAUCUGACCGGGUCGAUUCCUGCGCAGCUCGGCAAUCUGAUGCUCCUCGAGGCCCUGGACCUAUCGGAGAACAAACUGUCUGGAUUUAUUCCGUCCUCGUUCAACAACAUGCUGUCUCUGAACAGGGUGAAUGUGUCUUACAACAACCUGACGGGCGUGCUGCCUGCGAGAUGGAUGACGAUCCUAGAGACCUUUCCGUCGUCUUUCAUUGGCAAUCCGGAUUUGUGCCUCAGUGCAGAUGUGGACUGUGUGGACCCCGACGUGACCCGAGCUAAUGAUCGAGGCUCGAGCCUAAGUUCUGCAGCUGUCGCCAGUAUCGUCGUCACCUGCGUGCUGGCGGCGGUCGUCUUCGGAGUGCUGGUGGUCAUCGCCCGGGGUUACUAUCGUCGAGAGAAGAUCAAAUCCGACAAGAAUUUGGAGGAUAAGAACGAGUUUAAGGUGUUUACGAGUGACACCUUCUCGCUCAGCGAUGUGAUGAAAUCGACCCAGAAUUUGGACGACUCGUUUGCUAUCAGCAGCACGAGAAAUAGCACGGUGUACAAGGCCGAGCUGCCGUCGGGGAAGGUGUUGGCUGUGAAGAAGUUGACAUUCAAGAGGGACGAUUUGGCCGAGAAGGUUCUGAGCACGGAGACGGAGACGGUGGGCAAGAUCAAGCAUCACAAUUUGGUUCAGUUGGUGGGAUUCUGCAGAUGGCAAGGGCUGCGGCUUCUGAUGUACGAUCACCUUCCCAUUGGGACUCUGAGCGAUGUACUGGACAAGCACCGGGACGAAGCGCCCGAAUUUUUCUUCGAUUGGAAGGCCAGGUUUAGAGUGUCCAUCGGGAUGGCGCGAGGUCUCGCGUAUCUGCACCACGAUUGCUCUCCGAAAAUCAUCCAUCGCGAUAUCAGAUCGACCAAUGUCCUUCUAGAUGCCAACUUUGAGCCUCAGAUUUCGGAUUUUGGACUGUCCAAGCUCAUCGAUCAAACCCGAACCGCCGCAAGCGCUACAUCCAAGGUCGCCGGGACUUACGGGUACAUAGCACCAGAGUUCGCCUACACCAUGAACGUGACAGAGAAGAUCGACGUAUACAGCUAUGGAGUGAUUCUGCUCGAGCUUUUGACAGGCAGGCGGGCCUCGGAUCCAACUUUUCCUAAGGACGUAAACAUUGUGUCGUGGAUGAGAUCAUUCAUCAGUAGCUCUCCGAAUCCAGAACCAAUUCUAGCGGCUGAUGUGUACGAAAGCUGCGACGCCCGCAGCAAGAACCAAAUGCUGCUGGUGCUCAAGGUGGCGUCUUACUGCACGAACCACCAGGACACGAACAGACCGACCAUGAGAGAUGUGGUGCAGAUGCUGGAACAAUUCGACAGGUCCAGCAGCAGCGUGUCCGGGGUAGGAAGCUCGAGGGUGGGAUCCUUCAUGCAGUCGGGAGUGCUCGCAGGGUUCUCGGACUCGGAUACCGAAACUCUGUUUGUUGACAUGGACCAGAACACGACCGACGAGGAUUACGCCACAGCUGAUGAUAGGAGCAUGGGGUCGCUGCACUCACGAUCAGGGUCAAUGUUCUGAAGAUAAGAUUUCUUUUGCACCACACGAGGCAUGUCACUGCAAUCUGUCAACUCAACUCACAGGAUAAAACAGGGGAGCUGACAACGCGGCUUCCGACUGUGACCUUCACUCGGUCAAGGAGUCGGACGGGCGAUUUCUGAGGGGAUCAUCUUCUUAACAACUAUGAUGAGUCUGUAAACAACAUUUUUGGUGGUCAACGUCUCCAUGCCCACAACAUCUCGGUGUUAGAGGGGUAUCGAGGGGGUGCUACGCCGUCAUGGUUGAUGAGGCUGUACACUAGAUUAGAAUCUAGUUAGUAACGUAGGGUGUAAAAGUGUUGAAACAUUUCAAAAAUGAUAGAUUGUAGCUUUGUGUGUAGUACGGUUGAUGAUUCUUUUGUACAGUUGAACUUUGGUCUAUUCAUUACAUGAUAUUCAAUUUAAAAGUUUUUUUGGUAGAGUACUUGAAGUUGAGAGAGUUAGAGAAUGGUUCCUACGUGGGUAUCAUGUGCGUAGAACGUAGAAGAGAUAAAGAUAGUUCGACUUGACGUCGAUAGAGGUGAGAAUAAGGUUCUGGGAAAAGCUCAGUAUAGAGUAUAAAGUAACCGUCCGCCUUAUGGACCAUUUCAUCUUCAAGAACAAGAAAUGAGAAUUCGAUGCCUCAGUAGACUGAUGCUUUGGAAACUAGACUACGGUCUCCGAUCGCUUUAACUACUUGAUUUAGGUACCUUGUAUCAAGCAUAUAAUCUCCUGAAAGAUGUACGUUAUAAUCUCUGUAAUCAUACGAACACGGAUUUAAAUAUCAGCACGCCCACUGG